AUGUCCAAGAAAUUCGACAGAUUACUGGAGGCCGCCACCGAUAGCACAAACCUCGAGCCCAACUGGGAUGGAAUCAUUGCUUGUUUCGACUCGAUCAGAUCAGGAGAAGUGCCUGCAAAAGCUGCUAUGGUUGCAAUGCGGAAACGAAUACAACAUGAUAAUCCGCAUGUUGUGAUGCAUGCACUUCUUGUACUAGACGCCUGUGUCAAGAACUGUGGCCACAAGAUUCAUGCAGAAAUUGCCACAAGAGAAUUCAUGGAAGAGUUCAAGAACUUGGGAAUUGGAAGUCAAUACGAAGAUGUAAAAACGAAGGUUUUGGAAAUGCUACAAUGCUGGGCUAUGGCAUUCGCCAAUAAACCAGAAUAUAAAAUUGUUGUCGAUACUCACAAUCUUAUGAAGCUAGCUGGUUUCGAUUUUCCUUCGAUCAAGGAGGCUGACGCGAUGUUCACGGCACAGGUAGCCCCUGACUGGCAUGACGGUACCGAGUGCUUUCGCUGUCGGUCUGAGUUUUCUCUUUUCAACCGUAAACAUCACUGUCGCGCAUGUGGUCAGAUUUUCUGUGAUCGCUGUAGCACCAAGGAGAUCCCUCUGCCGCAGUUCGGUAUCGAGAAAGAGGUUCGUGUAUGCGAUGCUUGUUUUGAGAAGAUCUCGUCAAAAGCAGCUGAAACAAAAGUGGUGAAGAAUGAGCCUUUGGCUUCUACAUCGGUGAAGGAAGACAUCUCACAAGCUGAAAAGGAAAAGCUGUUGAAAGAGAAGGAGGAGGAAGAUUUAGCCUUGGCAUUAGCUAUAAGUCAAAGUGAGGCUGAAGCGAAGGAGCAAGAACGGCAGAAAUCCCUGUACGCAAUAUAUAAUGGUGAUACCUCGGGAGCUUCUGCAGUAAAUGACGCAGCGUCUCUGUCAUCAUAUAAUCCGUCUGAAAUGGGAUACAAGGGCGCUGCUCCCAGCAUCGCAGAAUCACCAUCCGACAACCUUGCCGCGGAUGAUCCUCUUGCCAGAUAUCUCAACAGGGACUACUGGCAACAGCGAAAAGCGGGAGCUUCUGCAAAGGUUGAGGAAUGGGCAGGAGCUUCUGCCUCCGCGCCACUUCCGAGCGAGUCGUCCAUCACACCGACGAAUAAUAUUGUUGCUCCACUUCAAACGGAAAUCGCUCAGCUGUCAUUGGGAAAGACACUAGCUGUCAAUGAUGAUAUGAAAUCUCAGACUGAAGGGACAUUGAAAUGGUGCCAGCAGCUGAAAGAACAGGUUACGGUUAUGGAGAAUCGAAUCCGGUCAAACAAUGCAAGAGGUCGAUCCGUUCUGAACGAUACGGCCAUACAGGGACUAUUCUCCACACUGACUGAGUUCCACUCCCAAGUUUUGGGUGCUCUAACUAAGCUGGAUGAGGAAAGAAGUACGUUUGUGGAGCUCCAGUUCUGCAUGCUUUUCCAGAACAUCCUUUUUACAAAGGGACGUUCAGAUUACUACGAAUCGCUGCAAGACCAUCUGGGUCACAUUAGUGAAGCUCGUUUGGCGAUAGAUGAACUACGCGCGGAACAUAGUCGUCGACAACAGGAACGACUCGCCGAAGAACAGAGACAGCGACAAGCGCAGAUGAAACAGACGUUGGAAAUGAUGCGUAUGAAAAAGCAUGUGAUGUUAAUGGAGCAGCGCAAUGUUGCUUUACAACGAUUCCAGCACCAGGAAAUGCAAGCAAGGCGAGGGCAGAUGGCACCAGGCGCCUACUAUCCUAACUAUGGGCCACAACAGCCAGCACCGCCUCAAGCUGGAUAUCCAGCUAACUAUGGCAUGCCUGCUUAUCAGGGUUAUGCUCAACAGCAGUUUGCUCAGCCUCACACGGGGUAUCAACAGUAUCCUAAUGCUGCGAUCCCAGCUGCAAACCAAUGGCCCGAUCCAGCAAUGCAAGUUCAGCAAACUUCCUACUCGGCUCCUGCUUCCCAUGCGCAACAACAGCCACCCCUUACAAAUGGAUCCCAGGUGCCCCAACAACCACAGGCUCAUCCUCAGCAAGGUUACUACGCACCCGUCCCAACAUCGGCUCAGGCACCAUAUCAACAGCAACCGAUAGAUGCAGCGCAACAACCACCGCCAUCACAAAAUGCUGCUCCUGUGCCAUACGUGAACAACACACCCCAACAACAGAUGCAAAUGCAGCAAUAUCCAGUGAAUCCUCAUGCCGGUUACCAUAUACAACAUCCCGUAAACGGCACGGAGAACGCUGCUCCUGCUCAACAGGAAAUCGCUGAGCAGCCUCUUAUUUCCUUUGACUGA